AUGCCGCAAGCACUCUUGGAGGUCGGCUUCAUGCUCUUCAUGGUAUCUCGAAGAAGCGACAAGUCUCUGAUGGGCAGGUUACGGCUUCGCCAGGACGUUAUCGCGUAUGCGCCAGAAUUACUGGCCUCGGCUGUUCUCAUCCGCUCAGCGCUACGGGAGAAGCUGUCGUGCUUGUCAGUGGCGCCCAACGUCUUCGUGUCCGACGAUAGUCCUCCUUUCGCCAGCACAGAAUACCUGGCCUGGCUGACGAAGAAUGGAAUCCGCCGGGUGAUGGUUCCGCCUUACCACCCUGCUUCAAAUGGUGCAGCUGAGCGGGUGGUGCAAACCUUCAAGGACAAGCUCACGAUGAGCCACACUGGAGAUUUCCGGACGCACAUUGCCCGGAUACUGUUUCAGUACCGGACCAUGCCCCACGAUGUCACGGGCCGUGCCCCCUGCGAGCUCCUGCUGGGCCGGAUGGUCAAGACACCAUUGGACGUCUCGCCUCCGGACCUCCGAUCGACAGUUCUCCUGAAGCAGCUGAUGCAGAAGCUGGCUGCUGACCGAGGGUGCCAUCCCGUGCCUUUGCCGGAGUCGGGAGCUCCAGUUUUCGCCAGGCAAUUCCGUCCCGGCCCACCCUGGUCCGCAUGCUAG